UUGUGUUUUCGUUUUCAUUUCGACUUUCGUUAUCGAAUUUAAAACACAUGUGAUAAUAAUUUAAAAAUCUGUUACAAACCACAUUCCGCUAUAUUUAUUCAAUAUUCUAAGCAAAAUGUGGUUCGUUUUCAGUCUAAUUUUACUAGCAAAGCUAUACUCCUGCGUUGAAAUGGAUUACAUUCCGAAAGACUGGGUAGAUCCCAAUGAUAUGAGAUACUAUGAUCGGUCGACGAAAACAAUGAAAAACUCGAAUACCGAUUUCGAUUCCACAUCUCGUGAUGUUUGCGAAAACACUCAGCAUUUCGAUCCUUACUUACAAGAAGAAAACCAACGAUUAAAAAUAUUCAUCGAACGGCUCAUUAAUCGGAUCUUGCAAAGUGCUAGUUUGAAGGAUCGUAUCAUGAAACCGAAGACGAAAAUAGUAUCCGAAAUACCAGUAUCGAUUACUGCCGAAGAACUAACUAGAUUGGCUUCUUUAACGUACGAAUUCAAGACUUCGGAUUUGAACGAUCUUGAUCAUUUGCUGUCGUUGGUGUUAACUAACGAAAGAGGAUUCACAUUCGAUUCUCUGGUCUCGUAUUUGAAUCCUGUUGAAGAACUGUUCUUCAAUAUGAGCAUGGAGAGAGCUGUCGUCAUGAUUUGUAUUUCCAUAGCUUCUGUUUGCGUUUGGAUGUUCGCUGUUGGUAAAAGUUUCAAGAAAAUAAUGCUCUUUUUGUAUUUAUUAUGUUUCCUGGGAGGUUUAGCGUUCAACGCUUGGCAUAUGUACAUGGAGGCCGUUUCCGAGCAGAUAGCCGAAGCUCAACAUUAUAUGGCUGUACCGGAUGUGUGUAAUCCUAAAAAAACAUCAUGGUGGUCGUUUCUUUUCUCGUCGAAGAACGAGUGUGCAAAUUUCCAGAAAUCUAUUCGAGUCAAUCCUCUGUCGAAAGUUAUCCCGUCCAUUGUGUUUUCACAUACUUUAUCGAUGAUGUUCAUACACCCUUUGAAAGAACUAGGAGCCAGAUGCGGUGAUUUUCUACUCGGUGUAUCUCACGCAGCUCCUUGGCCACUAAACUACAUCUUCUUACCAUUCGUACUGAUCGUAUUCUGUCUGCUGUUCUUAUUCGUCGUCAUGGCUCACAUGGGAGCCUCAUUCAACUGCUGGACAUUAAUCGGCGGAUUAUCCAUUAAACUGGACGAAUCGAAAAACAACAAGACGCAGAAAGCGUUACGAGACGAGCUUCAAGAUAUCAAGAAGUUCAUUAAAUCCGAACUAGAAGAAAUCCGAAGACCGGAAGCCGGAGAUGCUGGUCAAAUCACGUACCGGAAAAGAGUGCAGAGCACUGCUAGUUGUUCGUUUCGAGAUAUUAGUCGUGAAAAUAAUCCGUUUUUGGCGCAAAAUGAUCGUGAAAAUGGUUCUUUUUCGUUACAAAAUAAUUCCGAUUCCGAUGCUGAUAAGAUAUUAAGUAAUUUUAACGUUUUAAAAGGAUGUAGGAGAAUUUCUCUUGGCAGGUGUGUUAAUCCAAGUUCCAAAAUAAUUAGAAAAAAGUAUAAAUAGUACGCGGAUAAUUAAUUCGGAUAAUUUUAUAUUUUGUAUUUUACGAGCUUUAUUUGAUCUGCUGAUGAUUUUUAUGGUGUGAUUUUUUUUUCUUGUACUCGUAUAUUUAAAAAACUGGUAUUUUGUAUUUGAAUUUUAGCUUUUCUGUGAUAUUUUUGUGUUUCCUGAUAUUUUAUGCAUUUUUUUUUUUUUUUUUGUAAAGUGAGAAUAAAUCAAAUUCUAUUUAUUGUGUA